CUGAAUCUUUACCCUCUCUACUCUGUCCCUUGCUUUCAACGGCAUUUUUUUCCUCGUGUCCCCUUGCCCCGAAAUCCGAACCCUAACUUUCUCAGAUUUUCUCGGGAAAAUGAAGACUAACCUAAAGAUUUCUCCAAGUUUAUCCCAAUAAUCAAUCAAGAAAUAGAUUAAAUUGAUAUAACAGUUAAAUAAAUUACAUACGCAAGAAAUAAAAUAAAAAAAUCCGAAAGCCGAACAAAAAAGUAUGUCAGAGCUCGAUCUGUCCAAGAAAGUCGCCGAUAGAUAUCUGAAGCGAGAAGUCCUCGGAGAAGGUACCUACGGGGUCGUCUACAAAGCCAUUGAUACCAAGACAGGACAGAAAGUCGCAAUUAAAAAGAUUCGGCUUGGGAAGCAAAAGGAAGGGGUAAAUUUUACGGCACUUAGAGAAAUCAAGCUCCUUAAAGAGCUUAAAGAUCCGAAUAUAAUUGAGUUGAUUGAUGCGUUCCCUCAUAAGGGUAACUUGCACCUAGUGUUUGAGUUCAUGGAGACAGACCUUGAAGCUGUUAUUCGGGACCGGAAUAUAUUUCUUUCGCCGGCUGACAUAAAAUCUUAUCUUCAGAUGACACUUAAAGGACUUGCUUACUGCCACAAAAAAUGGGUUUUACAUAGGGAUAUGAAACCAAACAACUUGUUAAUAGGAUCUAAUGGACAGCUCAAACUUGCAGAUUUUGGUUUAGCACGAAUAUUUGGGAGCCCAGAUCGCAAGUUCACUCACCAGGUUUUUGCUCGAUGGUAUAGAGCACCUGAGCUGUUGUUUGGUACCAAGCAAUAUGGCGCUGGGGUGGAUGUUUGGGCUGCCGCUUGUAUAUUUGCUGAACUUCUCCUGCGUCGACCUUUUCUGCAGGGUUCAAGUGACAUUGAUCAAUUGGGAAAGAUCUUUGCUGCAUUUGGGACACCAACACCAUCCCAGUGGCCUGAUCUGGUAUACCUUCCUGAUUAUGUGGAGUACCAGCAUGUUCCUGCACCCCCUUUACGUUCCUUGUUUCCAAUGGCUAGUGAUGAUGCUUUAGAUCUGCUGUCGAAGAUGUUUACUUAUGAUCCAAAAGCUAGAAUAUCAGUGCAGCAGGCAUUAGAGCACCGGUACUUCUCAUCUGCACCACUGCCUACAGAUCCAGAUAAACUCUCCAGACCUGCACCUAAGCGGGACUCUAGGGUUUCUGAUUUUAAUUCACAUGAUGGUCCAACCGUCUUAUCACCUCCAAGAAAGACAAGGAGAGUGAUGCCGGACCGUGAGGGCUUGGAAGGAAUUUUUCAUCAUAUUGAUAAGAUUGAGGCAAAUGGUGAAAAUGCAAGCAGGAAUGAACCAGUACCAAUGUCGGUAGACUUUUCUAUCUUUGGAGCAAAACCUCCAAACAGGCCCACAAUUAACAGUGCUGACAGAUCACAUUUAAAAAGGAAGUUAGAUCUGGAAUUCCAGCACCCCGAAUAAGAACAUAUAUCAAGUAUACUCAAAUUUGGUUAUUGUCUAAGGGAUGUAUUAUUGCCGCGACAACAUUUAUGAGGAGGAAGCACCUAUCAAAGAAUUCGAGUGUGUCAGGUUUUGUAGGAUUGAAGUUUGAGGAUGAAAAAUAAUUGUUUUUAGGAGAAAAAGAAGAUGGCAUGAAGAAGUGGCCCCCUUUCCACUUUUGAAGAGAAUUUGUAUUAUAGCCAUGGAAGACCAAUUUUUUUAAGGAAUUUAUAUAUAUAUAUAUAUAUAUAAUAUUUUGCUAUAGUUGAUGCUUGAGAACAGUAGACUUUGGUUUGGGGCGAUGAAGAACCAACAUUAAUACAUGUGUACUCGGUAUUUGACUUAGUGAGGAAAGUUCUAUAGCCAAAUUCCGGUUAAUUGUUA